GAGGCCGAGGGCGUCCGAGCAGCUGAUUGGAGAGCAGACGACGCGCCCGGAUAUCUCGCGCAGGCUGGACGCGGGCAGCCAAGAUUAUAAAUAGAUCUCCUGGCCAUUUCUGCCGGGUUUGUGAGUGAGGCCUGAGCCUUCGUGAAGAAGCCUCCUUCCCCUCCUCUCUUGCUCUCGCUUCAUCUCACUUUUGACCUUCCGAGGAGCAUAAGGGAAAAUUAGCCAGAAUGGAGCUCUCGUUGGUGGAUCAGUUACGAGAGAAGCUCGAAAAGGCUAAAUUGUCUCGCGAAGAACUGCAGAGAAUUUUUCCUCCGAGCGUGUUCAAGAAGGACAGACACGAGGCACCACCUUAUGUCCCAUACUCCUUCCAGAAACAGAAACAGGAAGCUCUAAAAAGGCUAAAUCAACCCGGAAUUCCAGUCAAGCCUAAGAUUCCCCGGAGCCAGGUGAAGAAAUACCUGAAGGAAUUUGCUGAAGCAAAGGAAGCAGGACGUUUUGCUCACCUACCCCCGGAGCAGCUUGCCAGGCUUGAGGAGGAGGUCAAGGCAGCAGCUUCAGAUGCAGACAAAGCGAGUGAGCUCGAAGAAUUUCUAAGGGCUGUCCGUGAAGAAGAAGCAAAAUCAAAAGAGGACGGGGAAGUUUUACAGGGACGAGAUCACCUUGGUGGCCACCAGCAAGGAGCUGAGGGGGUUGAUGUCCGAGGCCUAGAAGAGGGCAAGCUAUUUGAACCCAGGCAAGAACCCUUUGUACCACCACCGAUUGAGGAAGUGAUUCCUCCUCCACCAGAAUUUCCUGCAGAUCCUUGGCAAGCUUUCCUAGACUACAUGGCGGCCACGGAAGGACAAGAGUCCCAGGUGAAGAUGGGGCUGGAGGGCCAUGUCAUCGAGAGAGGCAUGCACAAGGGCAAGGGUGUUGCCGUCUUUACCAGUGGAGGCGACUCCCAGGGUAUGAAUGCUGCAGUCCGUGCUGUAGUUCGCAUGGGCCUGUAUGUUGGUGCCCGGGUAUUCUUCAUCAAGGAGGGUUACCAGGGCAUGGUAGAUGGUGGUGAUCAUAUUGUAGAAGCAACUUGGUCCAGCGUCUCCGGCAUCAUCCAUAAGGGUGGCACAGUCAUUGGCUCGGCCCGCUGCAAAGAUUUCCGCGACCGUGAAGGGCGCAUGAAAGCUGCUAAGAACCUGAUCAAGCGGGGUAUCACAAACCUGGUGGUGAUUGGUGGUGAUGGCUCACUCACUGGUGCCAAUCUCUUCAAGCAGGAUUGGCCAGCACUCCUCCAGCUGCUGCUCAAGAAGGGUGAGAUCACUGAGGAGGAGAAAGCCAAGAACACCCACCUGAACAUCGUGGGCAUGGUGGGCUCCAUCGACAAUGACUUCUGUGGCACGGACAUGACUAUCGGCACUGAUUCAGCUCUCCACAGGAUCAUUGAGGCUGUUGAUGCCAUUGCCUCGACCGCCUACUCCCACCAGCGCUGUUUCAUCCUGGAAGUCAUGGGCAGGCACUGUGGCUAUCUGAGUCUAUCAGGGUCCAUUGCCACAGAGGCAGAUUUCAUGUUCAUUCCGGAGUACCCUCCUGAACAUGACUGGCCAGCUAAGAUGUGCGAGAAACUGGAAUCGGAACGUUCCAUGGGUCAGCGUUGAAUCAUUCUGGUGGAAGGAGCAGAGCAGAGGGCCAUUACAGCGGAAGGAGUGAAGAAGGUUAUUUGUGACCAGCUUGGUUUUGACACUCGCAUCACCGUGUUGGGUCACGUCCAGCGCGGUGGUUCACCUUCUGCCUUUGAUCGUCUUUUGGGUUGUCGUAUGGGUGCUGAAGCUGUUCUGGCUCUCAUGGAAGCUACCUCAGACACAGAGCCCUGUGUCAUCUCCCUGGACGGCAACCAGGCUGUUCGCGUUCCUCUGAUGGCUUGUGUGCUGAAGACCCAGGCUGUUGCUAGGGCUAUGCAGGACCGUAACUGGGAACAGGCUGUGCAAAUGCGUGGCAGGAGCUUCGCCAGGAACCUCGAGACCUACAAGAUGCUGACGAGGCUGAGGCCCCCCAAGCCUCUGGAAGGAAAGGGAGGCUUCAACUUGGGUGUCAUGCACAUUGGUGCCCCAGCCUGUGGCAUGAACGCAGCCGUAAGGUCCUUCGUACGUAACAGCAUCUACCGUGGAGACACCGUCUAUGGUAUUCAUGAUGGUGUUGAUGGCUUGGUUGAGGGUAAUAUCCAGGAAAUGACCUGGUCAGAAGUGACUGGCUGGGUUGGCCAGGGAGGUGCUUUCUUGGGUACUAAGCGCACAUUGCCUGACAAGUACCUUGACCAGGUGUCCAGGGAGUAUAAGAUACACUCUAUCCUGAUUGUGGGUGGCUUCGAGGCCUACCAUGCUCUGCUCCAGCUGUAUGAGGCCCGUGGAAAGUACCCCGAGUUCUGCAUCCCAAUGGUUGUCAUCCCUGCCACCAUCAGCAACAAUGUUCCUGGCAGCGACUUCAGCUUGGGAUGUGAUACCUCCCUCAAUGAAAUUGUCGAGAUCUGUGACCGUAUCAGGCAAUCGGCUCAAGGUACCAAACGUCGUGUGUUUGUUGUUGAGACCAUGGGUGGAUAUUGUGGCUAUUUGGCAACACUUGCAGGCUUAGCUGGUGGAGCUGAUGCUGCUUACAUCUAUGAAGAAUCAUUUGGCAUUCAGGAAUUGCAACUGGACGUUUAUCACAUGGCAGCCAAAAUGGCUGAAGGAGUCCAGCGUGGCCUGGUUCUCCGCAAUGAAAAUGCCAAUGAAAAUUAUACCACAGACUUUAUUUUCCGUUUGUAUUCUGAGGAAGGAAAGGGUAUCUUCAGCUGUAGGAAAAAUGUGUUGGGUCACAUGCAACAGGGUGGCUCUCCAUCUGUGUUUGAUCGUAAUAUGGGCACCAAGAUGGCUGCCAAGGCUGUCAACUGGAUGACUGAGGAGAUGCUUAAGUAUCGUCGCCAAGAUGGAUCUGUUUUCUGUGAUGAGGCUUCGACAGCAGUAUUACUUGGUCUGCAGAAGAGAGUAUAUCAAUUCCAGCCCGUGGCAGAGCUCAAACGCCAGACAGACUGGGACCGUCGCAUUCCCUUAAAUGAAUGGUGGCUGAAGCUGCGUCCUCUCCUCCGAAUUUUGGCCAAGCAUGACGCUGCCUACCAUGAGGAGGGCAUCAAUGUGAAGGAAGUCGAAGAAGCACUUGAUUAAAGUGUCGCAGAUAACCUCAGUGUACAGAGACCUAUGGUUACAUCUUCGAGUAUUUAUUAAUUUUCUGGUGAAUUCUGAUGCUGAUGGAGAAUAUAUGAAGUUAUUAUUAUUGUUUUGUUUAAAGAUGAAAAUGUUAUAUUUAUUACUUAUGCAAUCAGUGAUAGCGGGGAAAAAAUGUAUAAUAUAUAUAUAUAUAUAUAAACAUUUUAAGUGUAUGUGUCAUUGAUUUGGGGAAUUGGUAAGCCUGUUUGGUGUGCCAGUUUCAUUCAUUAUUUAUUUUACCUGAAGAGAAUUAAUUUUCAAAGACAGACAAUGUUACAUAUAUUAUCCAAGAGCAGGUAUGGUAACUUAUUUAAGAUAGCCAUUAGGAAAGAGAGUAGAUUAAAAGUAGAGAAAUCAUGAUGAAAUAUUAUUUCUGACAGUUUAUGAUAUUGGGUUAUCCAAAUUUUGAUGUAACAAGUAGCUUGCUGUCCUCCUAUUUUGAAAAUGCUGUGAAGCAGUACUGUAUUUAUUGUUAGAAACUCAGGCCAUGCUUCUAUUCUAAAAAAUUAUUUUGUCUGUUUUGUAUUUAAAAUCAUGACAAUUUCUUGUACAAAGCUGUUUUUUUGCAAUUGAGUAAAGCUGGCACCUACUUGGAGGAACUAAUAGACACUGAACCUCAGCAGUAUUACUGAGUGUGUUUAUUUAUUGAUGUUGUAGCACAGACAAGGCAAUAAUGUACAGAAGUCAUCAGUUUUGAUGCUUGUGCAGGUAAAUAAGACCACAAGAGUGACUAUUUCUAUAGGGCAAGAAGUAUUUAGUUUAAAGGUGUGUCUGGAAAGGAUCUGUGUGAAAUGGUACAGUAUAAAAUGUUUAGUAAAUACUCAUAGAAAGCUUGGAAAUAUUCACCUGAUAUAUUCUUGUCUGCCAGUCAUUGUCGUGAGCUUACACCAGUGCUGGUGCAUUCCAUGCUUUCAAAUAGGCUUUAUAAUUUUGAUUGGAAAAUAUUUUUGUUUUUUUGUUUUGUUUAAUCAAUUGGCUGUUCUGUGUUCAUGUAUUUUUCUUUGUAAUCUAUGUCAUCAAAAUACUGCCAAUGUUAUCAUUUAUAAAGGAAUGUAAGAGCUAAGUUAUUUGCAGGAGUGCGUCUAGUCAAGCUCAGAUCACCGGGAAAAGAAAGUUUUGCACCAUCUCUUCCUCAUAUUAACCCAUAAUCAUGUUCGACAAACACUCAUAUCUUACUUGUCAUCUUUUAUAAAAGAGGGACUUCAUGGAACAUUCAUAUAAUUCUAAAGUCUCUCCUCUUUAAGAGCAGAAAAUGUCUACUUGAUACCAUAUCUUGUAAAUUUUCUCUUUAAAUGUUUUUUUGUUAUUGUUACUCAUUCAAAAAUGUUCCAUGUAGUGAAACAACAGGCUUCAAGUGUGUUCAAAUCAUUAAAGCUAGAAAGUAUACAGUAUAUUAUUAUAAGAUUCCACAUGGCUACAAGUGUCUCAAAUUUAGCCACAGAAAAGUCUGCAAAGGUGGUCAUGGUGGUAAUGAAAGACAAAGUUUCACAAUACGUGUAUAUUUAUUAGUGUUGUCAAAGAAAACAUAUUAUUUAAUACCUUGUAUUGUGGGCAGGCAGACCCACCAUUAAAAAAUUAGAUAAUUUCCUACUUAUGAAGAUGCCCUUUUGUAAUCCUUUGAUAUAUUUUACUCAUUUGUGCUGUACUUCUGUUGCCAAAUAGUGCUCCAUUCCUGUCCUGGGAUGUUGCUACAGUCAAAAUAUACCAUUUGUGGAACGUAAAA